AUGAGUAGAAAGUUUUAUAAUAGAUUUGGAUUUUUUCCGAAUAGUCAUGACGGUGACAGACGACAGGAUGAUAAAGAUAGUGGUGAUGGGGAAGUUGACGCCAGGGAGGAUAGAUCUGAAGGGGGUUUGGGGGUGGUUAAGAAUAUUCCAUAUCCUUCAAAUAUUGAUUAUCAGAUUCCUGGCGAUCUGCAAGAUUAUAGACCAAAUCGCAAUGUUCACAGAAAUAUGGAGGAGAGUCAUGUGCAUAGGGUUGGAAGGGUUUCCGACGUGGUUUCUCCAGGCAAUGGGAGGCAGUAUAGGACACGAUUAGGCCAAUUUAACGAUUCUAUUUAUUAUGGGGACGUCAAUAACGUCAAUAACAUGGAGACUAGUCUUGAAUCUGUUGGGAUGGAUCAUGGUCGGCACAAAGAUACAUUACCGAUACUGAGAAAUACUGAGAUGCAAUACGUAUACGGCAGCGGACGAGCAUAUAGUCCUUUUGCACAGAAUUAUCAGAAUGAUCUAGAGGAGCGGUUGGGGUAUAUUGAUCAGCAGGGAGAUGAUUAUCAGAUUAUUUCAUAUUUAGAUAGCCAUGGGGAGGUGGUUAAUCCUUACGGAAAUCGUCAACUAUUGUUCGGUUACGGUGAUGGUGAUUACCAGUAUGAUGAAGAGGGGUACAAGGGCUCCAGUGACCAAUUUGGGAGGCUUGCAACCAAUAGUGAAACUAAUGAUAUGACCACGACUCCGGUCUUUGGCAGUUCUCCUGGCGCGAACACAAUGGCUUUUCUCGGCGGUACUGAUGAAGAUGGUAAACAGCAUGAUUUAGGGUUACUUUGGACGCCUAAUCAAACUGAAAAAGUCAUAAGGAAGUUUAAAUUGUGGCAUGGUAAUUUCGUCUUUGACUGUCCAAUUAGUGAGCGUUUAGUAUUGGAAUAUGCUCAUGGUAUGAGCGACGGGCAGCUAACAAAUGAGUACAAAUUCAUGAGAUAUCAAGCUGUGACCUGCGAACCAAACGACUUUCAGAAUAAUAAUUUUACAUUACGUCAAUUGAAGUAUAUGUCGCCUCGCCGGACUGAGUUGAUGGUAGUGAUAACCAUGUACAAUGAAAACGACAUUUUGUUGGCACGUACUUUAAAGGGAGUGAUGGACAACAUAAAGCAUUUUACUAAAAGAAAACGAUCUUCUGUCUGGGGGCCUGAUGCUUGGAAGAAGAUUUGUGUUUGCAUCGUUUCAGAUGGAAGGAAUGCGAUUAAUGAACGUGCGUUAGCCUUAAUGAGUGCAUUGGGAUGCUAUCAGGACGGAUUUGCAAAGGAUGAAAUUAAUGGGAAAAAAGUUGUUGCACAUUUGUAUGAACACACCACCAAGAUAAAUAUAUCGCGAGUUACUGGUUCCAAAGUCAAGCUAUCAUGUGGCAAGAAGACUGUUCCAGUCCAAUUGUUAUUUUGCUUGAAGGAACGGAACCAAAAAAAGAUUAAUUCUCACCGUUGGGCCUUCGAAGCUUUUUCAGAAGUUUUGCAACCAGAAGUAAUUACCUUAUUAGAUGCUGGUACUAUGCCUGGAAAGGAUUCAAUUUAUGAGCUAUGGAGAGAGUUCAACGAUCCAAAUAUCGGUGGUGCAUGCGGAGAAAUUAAAACAGACCUAGGUUUAGGAUAUUCCAAGUUAUUUAAUCCCUUAGUGGCUUCACAAAAUUUCGAAUAUAAGAUGUCCAAUAUUCUAGACAAAACGACGGAGUCCAAUUUUGGAUUUAUUAGUGUCUUGCCAGGUGCUUUUUCAGCUUAUAGAUUUUCCGCACUAAAGGGUGAACCAUUAAAAAAGUACUUCAUGGGAGAGAAUUUGAAUUCGACUGUUUUCGUUUCAAAUAUGUACUUGGCAGAGGAUAGAAUUCUAUGCUUUGAAAUUGUGACUAAGAAGAAGGCUCAAUGGUUAUUAAAGUAUUGCAGAUCGUCAUACGGGUCCACCGACGUCCCUGAACGUAUUCCGGAAUUCAUAUUACAACGAAGGAGAUGGUUAAAUGGUUCUUUCUUUGCUGCGCUGUAUUCAUUUGUUCAUUUUUAUAAGAUCUGGACAAGUGGUCACAGUCUCUUGAGGAAGGUUUUGUUGAAUAUCGAGUUUCUUUAUUUGUUUAUCACGAUGCUAAGCGCUUGGUUUUCAUUAAGUUCAUUUUUCUUAGUUUUCAGGAUCUUAACUCUCUCUCUUACGAUAUCAUAUCCGGAGCAUGUUAUUUUCCGAGUUCUUUCAGUUGUAUUCCUAUGGUUAUAUGGUGUUAACGUGUUAAUUACAUUCAUCUUGUCUUUAGGAAAUAAGCCAAGGGGUACUCCGAAAUUCUAUUUGGUGACGUUCAUAUUCUUCGCAAUAUUGAUGAUUUACAUGUUAUUCUGUGCGAUAUUCUUGUCUGCAAAUUCCAUCUUAAAACUCAUGAGUGAAAAUAAACUGACUUUUCAAGGCUUAAUCACGAGUGAAACUUUCAGAAACUUGGUGAUCUCAAUGGCAUCGACUUAUUGUCUAUAUUUCAUGGCUUCGGUUGUGUACUUACAACCGAUUCACAUGUUCACUUCUUUUAUUCAAUACGUCUUGUUGAGCCCUUCAUACAUUAACGUUUUGAACAUAUAUGCGUUCUGUAAUGUUCACGAUAUAUCUUGGGGUACUAAAGGGGUACUUGCAAAGCCAUUGGGGAAAAUUCAAUCGAAGGAAGACGGUACUGUGAAUAUGGAAAUCCCGGUAUCAUCUCAAGAAAUCGAAUACAACUACGAAAAAUAUAUGGAACUUCUCACAGAGUCUGCUCCGAAUAACACUGAAGAGAAGCUAUCUUUCGAAGAUGAAAAGAAUUCUUAUCUUGCCACUGUUAGAUCAGUGGUAAUUAUCUUUUGGAUUAUUUCGAACUUUAUUAUCAUAGCCAUUGUUUUGGAAACAGGUGGCAUUGGACAAUAUCAAAUCAUGAAUCAAAUCUACCGUACUGAAAGUCAGACUGUAAUUGUCUUGCCAAAAAAGGCAAACAUAUAUUUUUCCGUUAUAUUAUGGUUGGUAGGGUUUAUGGCGGCUGUCAGAUUUCUUGGUUGUUGUAUUUAUAUGCUAAAGCGAGUUUCUAGAAGACUCCGGUGCUGGUAA